AUGAACGGGUCCGCCAACGGCCACAGCGCUGUAAGCGUACACACCGGCGACCGACCGAGCGGGCAAGUCGACGGAGGUAGCACAACCCUAUUACCUCGAAUCCACGAAGCUCUUGAGAUCGUCCACGGCCCAUAUUCCUCCAACGAAUCACGCCGCCAAGCUUCCGUUUACCUUGAAGAAAUCAAGACCAACGAUGAAGCUCCCUACCAUGGCUUCACUUUGGCCUCCGAUAAAUCCCAGCUACCCGUCGUUCGCCACUAUGCCUUGUCGCUGCUCGAGCAUGCUAUUAGACACAAAUGGGCUGGGUACUCGGAAGAGCAGGCAGCAUUGCUGAGAAGUUGGGUCCUGCAAUUAGCUGAGCACAUCUCGCUAGAUGAUCCCUUAUACCUUCGAAAUAAAGCGGCUCAAUUGUGGGUCGAGAUUGCAAAGAGAAGCUGGGCAGCGGAGUGGACUGAUAUGGAUGAGCUUCUGGUACGACUUUGGAAUCUUCCUGGAUCUGUGGUACACAAGGAGUUCGUGCUGUUCGUCCUGGAGACGCUCUCAGACGAGAUUUUCAAUGGCGAGGAUACAGUGGCCGUUUUGCGAGAAGGUGCUCUGAGCAGAGCUUGUGUGGAUAUUUUCACACCAGCCAUUGUCCUGGCUGAACGAUUUCCAAACCGGCAGGGUGGACCUGCUGUAAGGUAUGGUGAAGAAGGCUGGCUGGUUAGAUUGGGGGAACUGCUCAACCAAUGCCUCGACAAUGGUCUUCAGGCGAACCCACAGUACCAAAGCUGCGCAGCGAAGACAUUAGCAGUCUAUAAGUCUGUGAUGCCCUGGGCAGUCCCUCAGGCUAUUUCAAGCGCAUCUUGUGUCCAACAUAUGUGCAAAAGUCUCGCUGCCUCUAGUGUAGCCGUGCAACUGGGUUCUGUUGAGGCCCUCCACGCGCUAUACAGUCGAAUGCACUUUGAUGAUGAUGAGUUCUUGUCCCUUGUCUGUCCAAUGUACACCAGUCAGAUGGUAGAACUUCUCCGCAAACUAUUUGAAUGGUCUGUGGUUGAUCCACACGAUAUCGAUGAUGAGAAGUACCUAUUUGCAAAGAAAUUCUCCGAGAUGAUAUCAACGGUCGGAAAUUACAUCGAGCAGAAAAUCUCAGCAAUACCUGAGGACUGCGAUCUCCCUAACUUAUUGAAUCUUUUCCUUGCUAUUGCUCAGAGCCCAAGCUUUGUCAUUUCGAUACCCGUCCUUGUCACAUGGACACGAUUACUUCGUUCUGAAACUAUUGGCGGAUCUCCAACUAUUACCCCACUAAUUGCCCCUUUACUUGAAUUGUGCAGCUCACGACUCAUACGAUAUGAGAGCAUGCCAGAAGACUCCGACGAUCCUUCGUUAAUUUUCCUCCUUGAAGAUAUUGACACCCAGCCAGAGCGACACGCAUUUUUGGGUAACUAUCGUCGAUAUAGUACCCAGGUCAUCGAGUACAUAGUUCGGCAAAAGCAGUCAGAAGCCAUCUACCACAUUUUGAGCCAAGUUGAUCAAUCAAUGCACCAUUUAUAUGAUGGUCAACCCCCAUUCGCUGUUGCGACUUACUCUAAAACUUCCAUGCCAGUCUUGCGCGUUGAUGCUCAUUUCACGGUUGUGGAAGCGGCGUUGAAGGGGUAUAUGAAAUGGAGAUCGGCACAUGGCUCAAAGCCCCAACAGGAUGAGCAAGAACGAAUUGCUAUGGAGAACAACCUUGAAGCAUGGUGUGAGAGACUAUUAGAGAUGCAGUUUGAGGAUCCUAUCAUUCGCAAGAGAAUCCUUCAACUUGCUGUUGCAUUUUCGACCACAGCGCUGGACAAGAAAGUCACCUUUAUGUUGAAGGUUCUCGAACAUAUCCUCAUGAGCCGCCCUGUUGAACAACCUGAGUAUAAUGCGUACAACGAGGCUGUGAAAGAACUACAGACCGAUGGGAUGUACGAAUUGCAACGUUUGGCUAGUAAGAUGCCUGACCAACUACUGGACGUCUAUGAUCAACUCGAAGCUAAAGUCAACGAAAUUAUUUCUUCGGGAUCGUUAGAUUCAAAGCGCCAAGUGGCAUAUCAAACGUUCCUGUUCACGAUCAUUCAUCGAGCUACGAAGAUAGAUACAGAAGUUCGAUUACAAAAACUUCAUGGCUUCAUCAAUCCCGUUCAGCAGCUUUGGCAGAACCCUAAGAUGGACGAAGCGAUCUCAUCAUUUAGUGGAUUCUGCGGGCUAUUAGGAUUGAGCCAAGUUAGAGAUUACUUGGUCACUCGGCAUGUUCAUGAAAUCGAUGAUUGGGGAUUGUAUCAGCUUGAUGCUCAAGGCCAGGCCAUGCAAAAGGAUCUCGAGGAGCGACUGAAGGCUCUCCCACUUCGGACUACUAAAUCGUUCCUUGCCUGCUCAACAGAAAAGGUCGAGAAGGAUAGUGCUCCUCAUAAGGUGUCUUGUGCGCUGUGGCGGGAAGCUUUACCAGUGAUCCUUCCCAGCCUACUGAAAUUCUUGAGCCACGCACAUGCGUUUCAUAAUCCAGCAAAUUGGGCUGGACUUCCGCCCGAGAUGCGCUCAGUAGUGAGCCGAAUCUUGACCGACCGUUUCUGGCAAGCCGGUAUCUCGGUAGGCAGUAAGGAUGACUUUUAUGCCCGGGUGACUGGCACAAAGUCCACUAUGGAGGGCUUUGCUUCGUCAAUUCGAGGCUCUGUCCGCACGGUCCGGGAGUCUUGUUACUCGAUCCUCUGGUGCAUGAGCAAGCUCGAUGUCGAUUUCUAUGGCUUCAGCGAACUCCCAGGACCUCUGGCACAUGCUCUGUUUGCAGAUGCUCACUGCUUAUCCUCCCACCAACUCAUCGCCCUUCUGAAUGUUGUUCGCCUUAUGGUUGAUGAUUGUCCCGUUGAGCUUCGAAGCCAUUUCGUGCCUCCGAUCUUGGCAACUUGCUUUGCUCAGAUGGAUGCAAAAUGCAGUUCGGAGUGGGAAAAGCUUGCCCAAAAGCAGGUCGCGGCAACGGAAGGGGAGAAUUUGACAGAUGAGAUGAAAGAAGAGAGCAUCUUGCGUCAACUGACCCAUACCGCAGUCAUGAUGAUCGGCGGCUUCCUCGACCCAGCACGGCAAACUGCUCCCAGCAGUGCAAAGGAUGCCUCUACCUACAUCGCCGAGGGUAGUCCUGCAUCCGCCUACCCCUCGAUGCGUAAAUUCUGCCUUACAUCGUCAACCAUCCUUGAGCCUCUUCUUAUGUUUCUGACUCAUGCCAUUCGUAUGCGUGAUGGUCGAUGCUGUGGGGUCGUCCUGCGAGUAUUCCGUUCUCUGAUUCCCGAAUUCGCAGAUGACUCGCCACUAUCGGCCUCGAUUCGUGAAUUCAUCAGUACCGACGUCCUCAAGGCGUGCAUUUCCUCACUCAAUGAGCCUUACUUUGUCGACCUUCAAAAGGAGUUGGCCCAACUCAUUGCGUCUAUACUCACCUUUUAUUCUCCACUUACUACAACACCCAGACAAAUCCUCCUAAGGCUUCCAGGGAUCGAUGAACCUUCGGUAGACAAGUGCAUCGACUAUAUCAUGCGACAAGGCAUGCAGCAGCGACAGCAACGAGCUUUGGUCCUUGACCUCCUGCGUGAUAUCAAGGGAGUAAGCAUUAGCGAGCAAGGCCGAAUUACCAAGACUGCAUCUGCAGUUCGCAAAGAGCGGAGCAAGAUGCAGCAAGAGUUCCUCAAAGAACAGACUGCAACUGCCGAAGAGAGGAAGGUAAGCCCAGGUCUAGAAGGCGUGGCAGGUAUGUUCGAGGAGCAUUGA